AAGCAACAGCGCAAUAAAAAUUCAGGUCAGGCGCACGCUAAUCCUUGUAGCCAAACGGCCUGCUUAUUCAUAUUCAGACUCUCUAAGGCUAAGCAUCAAGAAUCGAAGAGGAAAAACAAAGAAGCGAGAAGCGACAAGAGAAGAGCAAAAGGAAAAUGGGAGGAGGAAUGGAAGCAAACAAGAAUAGAUUCAUAGAGGAUUGGGGUUCAGCAAGAGAGAAUCUUGAACACAAUUUCCGUUGGACUCGCCGCAAUUUUGCACUUGUUGGCAUCUUCGGCAUCGCACUUCCUCUCUUGGUCUACAAGAGCAUCGUCCGUGAAUUUAACAUGCAAGAUGAAGAUGCAGGCAGGCCGUACAGGAAGUUCCUUUGAGUUUCUUCUCUACAUCGCUCAAUAAAAAAAUUGCACCUGAAGUAGAACUGCUUUUGCACUAGGACCUGUUUUUGUUGAUCUGUAUCUGGGAACUGCUUUGCUUUCUUUUGUUGACCUGGAGGAUUGUGCGUUCAAAGAAGUCUGUCAUACUUUGAAAUCUACCAAUUUUCUGAGAAUGCUGGGUGAUUUGUGAUUAUUGAAAUGUUUUAAUAAUGUUUAAUUCUGCACCUCUUUGAGAUUA